AUGUCACUAGAGCUCAGACUGAGUACCCAAAAAAAGGCUGAGCCCGGCAGCGGGACCUUCCAGACUCUGGCGUCAGUGUCGAUAGAGUACUUCUGGAAGAUUGAUAUACCUGCGCAUGUUGCCAAACUUCUACAGAUCGCCAUCACCACUGUUGAUGCGCCACCAUGCUCGGACAUGGCGGAUGUACUCACUGAGACGAUGCAUUUCGACUCUGUACAGAAUAUGGUUCUUUGUACUCGAUACUGGAUGCUACAGAAUGUGCUUUGUGGGCUUACCGACACAUUACGUCGGCACUUUCCCAUUGAAGCGUCCCUUUCCUUACUGCCCACACCACAGAUUGUGCGGCAGUUCGACACUGAAGCUGGUAUAUGUCUUGCAGAGUCUCUCGCAUGGGCCGAUUCAGUGUCUCAAAAACUUCCACUUGUCCCGCUACGCCUUCAUACACCGCUGCAGAUCUCAAUUGGACCCUGGCAUCGCAUCAUCCGGGAGACUGAUACGACGUCUGCUACCGACACGAACCUCGAGCUGGCUCGAGCUGUCCGCAUGAAGACGUGGCUAAUAGACGAGUGUAACCGGAUACAUAAGCAGUGGAAUGUCAGCACAGUGGACGAGUGUUCGCUGUGUGAAGCCUUGGACUCUAUGGCUGGAGAAAAGAUCCCUGAUUGGUUACCUACACGCGUAAGGUUCGAGGCCAAAGAUGGCGACAUGGUCAUCAAGUUUGACUGCAACAAGUCGACUGGUAGUUACCAAGAUUGCUUCAGUCUGGCAAAUAGCAACGCCAUCUCAUGCCAACCUGGACUCGCGGAGUCCGCAUUGUUGACAACAGUGCCGCCAAUGGCUGCAUCCCAGCAAUUCAGGAGAUCAAAAAUGACAGCGAUGGGGGUCCUUGAGACCUCUGACGAUGCAGCCUUUCCGCUGCCUGGUGCAGUCGACUUUCUCUUCCAGUCUUGCCGGAACCUGUGUUCGACAUCUGGGUGGUGGUCACAAACUCCAAGAUCAUCUGGCGUGCUGUUGGACAGCACACAUAAGACAUCUGCAUUCCAGCCCAAGGUCAUACGAACGAAGGUGAGGACCGCCGUCACGUUAGAUAACAGCAGAAUCGAUGGCUAUUCUUCUCCAGCCGGGACGCGAUCCAGGCCGGUCUGCGAAGUCGAUGAGUCCUUCUGACAGUAGAAGGGGCGUGAAGUUUAUGUCGACGGAAUGAAGAGGCGGUGCACAUUCAUUACCUUCCGGCAAUUCACUGUGUCCCAGUCGUAGCCGGUGACUGAAGCCUCUUGCUCGAAGCAACACGAGAAGGGAAGGUGCACGUCGGCUACACGCUCACCCAAAGUCCCACAUCCAACUGGAUUUGGCGAUAUUAGAGCGAUGCAGCCGAGAACUAGCUGACGCCACCGCUUGCCACAAUUCAGGACGGACGAUGUUGGCAUUAGUCAAAGGUCUCUGAGUCUUUUGGGAGGGUGGUUGCGCGCCUCGAGGUCACGAGCUUUGAUUGCGCCGGGCCAUCGCCAAAAGCUCUUGCUCAGACCCAGGAGGCUUCAUCAUGCGGGACGGCGCGCA